UUCGUUUCCAUCACUUCAAUUGGAAAAAAUCAAAUUGUGAAAAUUUUCAUUUAAUUUCUACAGCAGGCAUUUCUCAUUAAGGAGUCCAAAAUGCCUAAAGGACGACGUGCGAACAUCGGCCGCCGCACAAGACAUGCAAGCCAGCAACAAGUUUAUUCACAGAACUUAAGCGAAGAAAGACAAAAUUCAACAAGAGAAAAUGCCCGAUUGAGACAACGCGUGAGGACACGAAGAUCAUUGGCAUCAUACAAUCGCUUGGCAUUCCAAUAUGAUCCCACUGCGAACUACAGUGAUGAUGAAAAUUUAGAUAUUGGACAAAUGACGACUGUAUGCCGAUAUUGCAAUGCGUUGAAGUUCAAAAGAGAAACGGCUGGAUUGUGCUGCGCAAGUGGAAAAGUCAAACCAUCCGGAUCCAUUACUUACACCACCACAGCCACUGAAACCAUUGUUUGAUGGAAGUGAUCCCGAUUCUAGCCAUUUUCUUCAACACAUCCUUGAAUACAAUAACUGCUUUCGCAUGACUUCCUUUGGAGCUAAUAUCAUUCGAAAAGACGGAUUCAUGCCGACUUGCAAGGUUAGCGAUCACUCACACCAACAAAAUGAAUUGCAACCCAUAACAACUACAUAUACACCACACACUACACCAUCAUACGAUCAGAAGUUACACCGUAUUCUUCAACAAAUGAUGGUUUGCAAUUACAGAUACAAGGACAAAUAUAUCAUUUGCAUGGUUCAAUGGUGCCAAGACCAGAUGAACCGCAUCAAUUUCUGCAAAUAUGUAUAUUUCAUUUCGUCGAUGGUGGAUCAGCUGAAUGUGCGGUGCAAUAUACAGGGAACACAACAGUUAAAGAGGCGAAUUAUUGAACAGUUACAAGCAUUUUUUCACACUAAUAAUGCUGUGAUUAAUAUGUUCAAAACAGCAUUGGAACGAAUGCCAUCGGAUACGCACAAAUUUGUCAUAAGAGCGGAUUGUACCCCAACAGGUGAACAUGUGCGAAGAUUCAAUGCACCAACCGUUAAUGAUGUUGCUGCAGCUAUUGUUAGCGAUUCAACUAAAUCGCGAGACAUUGUCGUUCAGCGAAGAAGCAAUAUCAUGCAUCGUGGAAACGAGACACAUCGUUUGUACGAUGCGUUACAAUAUCCAAUCAUUAAUUGGCAAGGGCAAGACGGAUACGACAUCACGUUGAAGAUGGUCGAUCCAAUUACAGGCGUAUCAACGAAUAAAAAUCUAAGCGCAAUGAAUAACUAUGCAUAUCGUAUGAUGAUUCGUACAAAUGAGGAGAAUGUCAUUCUGGAGUGCCGUCGGCUAUUCCAGCAAUUCGCUGUCGACAUGUAUGUCAAAGUCGAGACCGAACGUUUAGCGUUCAUCCGAUUCAAUCAGGCAAAGCUACGAUCUGAGGACUAUAUACACUUGCGUGAUGCUACUCAUUCAGAUGGUGAUGUUCAGAAUAUUAAACUUACGACGAUUCUCCCACCAUCUUAUAUCGGAAGCCCACGCCACAUGCACGAAUACGCUCAAGUCGCUAUGACGUACGUGCGAAAUUAUGGAACUCCGGAUUUAUUUAUUAUUUGAGUUGAACCGGGCCAAAAACCGCAAGAUCUCCAUGACAUAAACGCAAGAGUAUUUCAGCAAAAGCUAAAGGUUAUGAUGGAUGUGCUGAAAUGUAAUUUUUCUUUUU